UCUCCUGUUAUCCGGAUUUCAGAGGGUUAUUUGUAUUUUUAUUAGAUUUCAUGUAGCGAUAAUGCCUCUGAACAACAACCAGAAAAUGAUCCAAGAGCCUGACAGUGCUGCUGCCAGGAUGGCCAGGCUUCCCAUUAUGCGCUCUGCCUGGUCCAAACUGUCUGUCCUGUACACUGACACUAAAUGCUCCCGUCCCAACCUGAGGAUUCUCUGUGACGCUUUGGAGUAUCAUGCAGUUCAUUUAUGCACAGUGGCCACAGACACCAUCUCUCCUGUCUUGGUCAUAUUGGAGCCUCAAAUAUCUAUGGCGAAUGAGAUGGCGUGUAAAAGUCUGGAUUGGUUGGAGUCUACUUUCCCAUUGAUUCAGGCACCAACAGAAGAGAUUGUUGCCGUUGCAAAAGACAAAAUGCAUGAAGCCAAAGAAAUGGUGAAUGUCGUUGCCACUGGGACUAAAGGCUGCAUACAGCACACAGUGGAGCAGGCUGUGAACACAGUGCUGCACACCAACGGUCACUUGAGUCCAUGCAUAGAAAAAGCUGUGAUUGUGGCUAGUGCAGGACUGGACUGUGCACUGAACGUGUCAGAGGCUCUGGUGGACCGCAUGCUGCCCUCUACUGUUGAGGAAAAAGAUUCGGUGGAGAGGUCGGAUUCCACCCCUCUGAGGACAUAUCGUGAGAGACUUCUGUCUGUCAGCACCAAGACAUACAGAGGAUCCUACAAGGCCAUAGUGACGCUGUCCAGGUCUCCCCGUUGGCCUCAGGGUCUUCCAACUUGUCUGUCAUCCUUGAUAUCGAGACUCCCCCAGUACCUUCAGCAUCAGGCCAUGAUCGUGAUCUUGUUCAUAUCACAGAUGUACACAUUAAGUGGUCCUCAACAAACUAACACAGGAGACACUCCCUCGAGCCCUGCUGCUGUGGACUCGCCUUCUCACAAUGACUGGCUCACAGUCAUUCCAUGGCAGGAGAGUCCCACCUGGAAGCUGAAGCUGUCCAAAUCUACUGACUGUGGAUGCAAGUAGCUGCAACACACCGACAGUUUAUGUAAAUAGCACCUUGAUUAUGAAAGCUUUGUGUCAUUGUGUUGAACUAUCACUUGGGCAAUAAAGACAUAAGA